CGUGCCCGGAGCGGGGCCGGCGGCGCCGGGUGAGUCACGGCGCGGGAGGGAGCGGCGGCGUCCCGGGAGGGGCUGCGGGGCCGGGGGUCGGUGCCCGGCUGGGGGGCGGCUGGUGCCCCGUCCUUUCGGGCGUGCACGCCGGCAGAGCCGCUCCGGACCGCCCCCUCCCCCGGCGGUGUCGCCCGUCGGUCGGGGCUUGUCCCGGUGUUCCGCGAGUCCCUGGGAAACGCACCCUGCCUCUGGUUUGGGUGGCAGGGGGCCCUAAAGCCCAUCUCAGUCCGGCCUCCCCCGCCAUGGGCAGGAACGCCUUCCACUGUCCCAGGCUGCUCCAGCCUGUCCUGUCCCCUGCUCCUGUCCAACCUGGCCUUGGACGCUUCCAGGGAUGGGGCAGCCACAACUUCCCUGGGCAACCUGUGCCAGUACCUGACUGCUGCUAUCACAGGGAAUAAUUUCUUCCUUCUAUCGAAUCAAAACCUUCCCUCUCUCUGUUUAAAGCCAUUCCCACUUGUCCUGUGACUCCUGUCACACUUUUGCCCUUGUCAAAAGUCCCUCUCCAGCUGUCUUGAAGCCCCUGUAGGUACAGAGCAGACCCUGGGAUUGCUUGUGAUGGCCUCUCUCUCUUUCACAGGUUAUCAGGAAGGACGGGCAGAACUCUGUGCUAGCACACGGCAUGCAUUCAGCCCAUGGCCUGGAUCUCACCUCUAUUGCUAAUAACUUGGGCUGGGAAAAUUCUGACACACGCCAGUGACAUCUGGGCGAAAGGUGACUCUCUAGGGACGUUUAGUUUUUGCCGUCGAGCUGGAUCAGCCUUUAAUUUCAGGAUUUAUUUGUGAGCUGCCAUAGUAGCUGUCACAGUCGUGGUGGUGAAAUCAUAAAGCUGGCAGCACAAUAAAGCAAGCCCUUAAGAUUGUGUUUGAUCUCUGGGAGCUGAAAGUGCUGAAUAAAAUUUUCACACAACUUAAACUACGUUUUGGAUCAGUUUCGUUAAGAUUGACGUUCUUCUAACUGAGCCCGUUUUUCUAUUUUAAUAUUUAAAUAGAGACUUAUUUGAAAAGACAGUAUAUUUUUUAAAGGAAAAAAAACGAUUGAAGAUGAACAUGCAUCAGUGCAUCAUUUUUUACUAAAUUGCUGGACAAGACUACUGUGUGAAGUAGUGGCUAGGGUAUGAAGAGAACCUUUUCUAUACAUAUUGCAUUGGGCUUUUUAUAUUAUAAAAUUGAACAAAUAACUGAGAAAACAGUGUAACCUCUCCAUUAGAAAUUUUAUGGUAUUACAUGCAAAAUGGGUUACAAUUUUUACUGUUGGAGGCUGAAGAAGUAAUGUUUUAAUGAAAGGAGCAUGCAGCUUGGUGUACCUGAGGUAAUCCAAGAUCACGUGAAACUAUUUUUUAUAUGAAAAAGCAAGAAAAUGCACAUUCAAGACUGGCUUAAUUAAAGCUCAGUGUUUAGCAAUGGAAAGCCCACAGAUAAACUUCCCUCUAGGUCUGGUUUCAGACCAAAAAAGGAGCAGGAUCCAAGAGGAUGGGAGUCCUCCACUGAAAAAAGCAAUGACAGAAAUGCAUGUAAAUAACAAAGUACAGGUAGUAAUAAAUAAAUUGCCAACAAUAAAGAAGGAAAACCUGGAUGACUAUGACGAAACUCCGGUGGAGGCUGAUGGGGAAACCACCAAGCCAAACAGUGCUUCACUAUCUGAGCCUUUGAGUUUAAAUCCAGGUUUGAAACACACGUUGGCACAGUUCCACCUGAGCAGCCAGAGUUCACUGGGUGGACCUGCAGCUUUUUCAGCUCGCUGUUCCCAGGAAAGUAUGUCACCCACUGUCUUCCUGCCUCUCCCAUCACCACAAAUCCUCUCUGGUCCGCUGCUCAUCCCCCCAGACAGCUCCACGGAACUCACGCAGACCCUGCUGGAGGGGGAAUCCAUCUCUUGUUUUAAAGUCGGAGGAGAAAAAAGACUUUGCCUGCCUCAAGUGUUGAAUUCGGUGCUCCGAGACUUCUCCUUGCAGCAGAUCAACACGGUGUGUGAUGAGCUCUAUAUCUACUGCUCCAGGUGCACUUCUGACCAGCUUCACAUUCUGAAGGUUUUGGGAAUUCUUCCGUUCAACGCUCCGUCCUGUGGGCUCAUCACGCUGACGGACGCUCAGAGACUAUGCAAUGCUUUACUGCGCCCUCGCACCUUCCCCCAGAGCGGCAGCUUCCUCCCUGGCAAGAACACCUUGGCCCAGCUGAAAGAGACUGGCAGUGCCUUCGAAGUGGAGCACGAAUGCCUGGGCAAGUGCCAGGGGUUGUUUGCACCUCAGUUCUACCUUGCCCCGGAUGACCCUUGUAUCCAGUGCUUGGAAUGCUACGGGAUGUUCUCGCCCCAGACCUUCGUGAUGCAUUCACACAGAUCCCCGGACAAGAGGACCUGCCACUGGGGGUUUGAGUCGGCCAAGUGGCACUGCUACCUGCACAUUAACCAAAAAUACCUGGGCACGUCAGAGGAGAGGGAGCUGAAGCAUCUCCUGGAGGAAAUGAAGGAGAAAUUCAGCGAGAAAAAUCAGAAAAGAACUCGGUCCAAAGCAGAGCCACAGCAGAACCUGGAAUUACCACAGUGGUAUCCAGUUAUAAAGCAAGAAGCAGAAACUGAUCCUCAACCACCUUCCUUUUUCCACCCCAGUUACUACCUUUAUAUGUGUGAUAAAGUGGUUGCCCCGAAUGUGUCUCUUGCAUCUCAAUAUAAGGAUGUUGCAAAAACAUCAGUAAAAGCUUCAGAAGUUAAUAAAUCCUCACCUGGGCAGUCAGAGAAGAAGCUCAGUAGUGGAAAGCACAAAAAACCUGCCUCCUAUCCAGAGCUUUCUCUUGAAGAACAGGAAAAAAUUGACUUGAAAACUGGGGUGGAGCAGCCAAAUAAACGUUUAGACCCUCCCGUGACAGCUCGUUCUGCGAGAGGUGCAAAGCCUGAGCGCGUUUCUUCCAAGAUCACCAGGGACUCUGGCCGUGCUGAGGGAGCUGCUGAUGCACGAACCUUGUCCCCCACGCUCAUGAAGGACAUCAGCUGUGAGGAUGACAAGGGGAGGAUCAUGGAGGAAGUCAUGAAAACCUACAUCAAGCAGCAGGAGAAGCUGAACACGAUUCUGCGGAGGAAGCAGCAGCUCCAAAUGGAAGUGGAAAUGUUAAGCAACUCUAAAGCUAUGAAGGAACUGACUGAAGAGCAGCAGAACUUACAAAAAGAACUCGAAUGUUUGCAAGCAGAGCAUGCACAAAGAAUGGAAGAAUUUUAUUUUGAGCAGAGGGACUUAGAGAAGAAACUGGACCAAGUGAUGAAGCAAAAAUGUAGCUGUGACUCCAAUCUGGAAAAAGAUAAAGAAGCUGAAUAUGCAGCACAGCUGGCAGAGUUGAGGCAGAGGUUGGACCAUGCAGAGGCAGAUAGACAGGAGCUCCAGGAUGAACUGAGACAGGAACGAGAGGCCCGGGAAAAGCUGGAGAUGAUGAUAAAGGAACUGAAGCUACAGAUCCUGAAAUCUUCAAAAAGUGGGAAAGGAAAAUAGGAAUUGGAAGAGGGAGCAUGACUGUGUCCUUCAAACAGGGUGUUUUGGUUUUAAUGAUUGUGAACAAUUUUUGUGUGCUGAGGAAAAGUGUUCUCUAUGGAUUUCUAUUUCCCAGACAGGUCCAGAUGAAGAUAUACAUAGAUAUAAAUAAAUAGAGAUAGACAUUUUUAGAUUUUCCUAGCAAUGAAAAUCUGCAUUGAUUUGUACUGGUGUUUUUCUCAAACAAUGAAAAAUAGAAAACUCUUGAUUUAGAGUGACCAGUUUCUGUCUAUUUCUAAUGCAGUCUUAAGGACUCUACACCUUUUAACAUUGUCUGUUAAAACAUAUGUGGGUAUCUUUAUUUUGCUAUCAAUUGCACAUCCAGUUAUAAAAGUACAUUGAAAAUAUCCUCAAUUCUUCAAGGUCUUAAAUAGUUUGGGUUUCAGUGAGAAUUAAAUAUUCUUGAACUGAGGAAACUAAAGGCAGCUUUUUGUCUGUAAGGCAGAGCUCAAAAUUGCCACAACUGAUUGAUGAUUGAGUAUCAAAAGUGAUUUACCAGCAUGAGUUUUUCCCAUAAUUUCAUUGUGUGAAGUCAGCUGAUCUUUGCAGUAUUGUCUAUUAACAGCUCAUUAUCAAUCUAAGGAGUGUUAAAGCCAGCACUUGCUUGCUCUGCUGGAAAACAUUAGGGGUUGGGGUUAUUUUGUUUCAUUUUGGAUUUGUGAAUUUAAAAAAAAUUGCAAUUACAGUGGAAUCUUGGGAAGUUAAAAAUUCACAAGCUUUCUUCUGUUUUUUUUCUGUCUAGUACAUGUGAAAGAAACAUAAAAAAAAGGCUUAAAGGUGGGGCUUUUCCUUUUAGAAACUGAGAAAGCUUUACUUAACUGUUUUUCAGAUAUUAACGCUUUCAAGAAAAAGAAUAUUUAUUAAGGAAUAUGUAUUAAUUUCUUCAGUACCCUAAGCCUCCACACUUUGAGCUUCUUGCCAACUUGUGGAUUUUUCUUUCAUCAUAUAGAACAGGCCUUAACUGACAUUGUGAUCAUAGCUUAAAAUAUAAAAUUCUGAGGUAUGGCACUUUGAAAAAUCAUUUUGAUAGUCUCUGUAUUUGAACGGCAUGGUAGGGUUACCAUGAAUUAAGAAAAUACAGCAUGUUUGUUAAGCUAUAACAUUGGGAAAUGUGUAAUUGUACAGAAUUACUGUUUUAUGUAUGUAUAUAAUGUCUGAGUACUUCUGAAGUCUGGUUCCUAGUGGGUUAAAUGCAUGGCUAAAGUUGGAUGAAGAAAAACUUUUUUGCACUUCUCUCCAAAAAAUUGGAUACAGCUGGCAGAUGUCAGCUGAUCAUGUCAGUGAUAGGAAUAUUUUAGUAGUUCUAGUGUCUCAAGACAUAAUUUUAACUUGUGCUUUUACUUUCUGGUUUUGAGGUACUUAAGUUGAAUAUUCUCAUAAUAAUUCAGUUAAUUUUGGAUGAAACCACUACUAAAAACCUACACUGAUUUUUUUUUUUCCCCUCAGCUAGUAAAACUGAAAACUCCUGUUCUUUUUUGUUUCUCUGUUAGUGAUAUAACAAGACUGAAUAUUGCAGAGAAAGAUAAAAUUGCACAUAUCUUUAAAUUGAAUGAGAAAUGAAGUGGUAAAUUAAAUGACACAGAGUAUUAGGAUGAUUUUUAAAAUAAUUGUAUUUUGUUUAUGAGCUCUGUGUCAUAUUUACACUGACAAGUAAAAGCAAGUUAGAUUAAAAAAAAGAAAAGUCAGUGUUGAGAAUCAUAGAAUGGUUUGGGUUGGAAGGGAUCUUAAAGAUCAUCUAGUUCCACCCCCUGCUGGAAAAGAGUACCAGGAUUAUAUUUUUCUCUUCUUCAGCGCCCAUCUCAAAUUUUUUCCUUUGGAAAGGAAACAAAAAUUUCAAAAAAAAAGGAAAAAAAAGGAAAAAAACAAACUAAAAAGGAAAAGCCUGUCUUUGCAGCUUGGUUUGGAGGGAAAGGUGCUGACUGAAUGUUUCUGGUUGUGUGUGCACCUCUCGCUUUACAAACACCAGGGAUGUUUUGUUGUGCAGCCGCCAGAGCCGUGGCACAGGGAGAGCAGGCAGGGGCAUGGCUGGAGGUGGGAUGGCUGGGGAGCAGAGCUGGAGGCUGUGCAGUGCAUUGGCAGAGCCUGUGCUGGAUGAGCUGGGAAUGGGGAAAUCCCACCUGGCUGCUGCUGAAGGAUGGAGAGAGCUCCUUUGUGCUGCUGCUUGGGGUUGUGGGGCAGGCUGAGGCUGUGGGUUCUCACAGCUGCAGUGCCUGGUGCACCACAGUAUUCAUAGCUGAGCUGUGGGAUGUUUGGAACCCUGCUGGGAUUAUUCUCUUAGUAGGAUGGUGAAUAUUCCAUUUCCAUUCAGGUCUUGUCUGUGUCCUUGUCCUGCUCAGAUGUUCCCCUUGGCCAGUGGUUGUUCAGCAGUGGCCGUGGAGGGCUGGUGCAGCCCAGGUUGCUGUGCCUCAGCCAGCACUAGGGUCACUGCUGGAGGCUCUGGAAAUGCUGUGGCCUUCCUUUGCACCAAUGAAAAGGUGGCCAUCCUUUGUACCAAAAUUUUCACUGUUGCAAGAACUCCAGCAGCUAUAGGAAGUUUCACCAAUUCCAAUUGCAGAUAAGGCCUCCUACUUAUUUUUGAACAUCUGGCUGGUAAAGCCAAUGGAACAUUUAUUAAAAUGACCUUAAAAGUAGCUUUGUAAAUAUUCCAUUUAGUUAAUCUAAAGUUAGAAUGCAUUUUAAAUUAUUGUAAUCCUCUUAAAAUUCUUAAAUACUACUUUCAGGCUCUUGACGUAACAUAAACAAUUUUCAUAUGUGUAGACUUAAUUUUAUACUGAUUUUAAGUAAUAAUGUAUACAUGAAUGUGCCAUAGACCUUUGUGUGCUCACAGUCUCUGAAAGAUAGUUUUUUAGUAAAUUGUAAAUAAUGCUCUUAAGUUUUAGAAAAAAAUAUAUGUUGACCUUUUUUUUUGCUACCUUAUCCUAAUUCUGUUGAAUGGUUCAUUUUACAGCCUGACAUAGGAACUUGGAAUGCACACUUGAGGGCCCUCACUUAAGUGCACACUUAAUGGUAGAGACUAAAUCAGUCAUUAGGUCUUUGCUUUUAGUCAUAGCAUGCUCAUUUUAUGUAUUAUUUGGUUUGCCUUCAAUCAUUGCUUACUGAUCUUUUCAGGCAAGAACUAAUUUUCCCAGGUAGUUGUGACAUGAAACCUGUAGAACAAAGCCCUAAAAUUGUCUAUAAUUUGAAAGUUGCUUUCUUAAACACCUACACCAAGAUGGAAGUUGCCUAGUGCACCUUUUGGAAUAAGUAGGAUUGGGGGUGAAUACCUAAUUUGCUCCUAUACUUUUAUAAAAGAGAAGUUUAACAUGCUUUGUAUACUUUAAUCAAUAAAAUAUGAGAGCUUAGAGGGUAAAACUCCUGUAAUUUUGGCAGUCUGGAAACACCUCACUCACAGUGUAACCAGGUGUCCCUCAAUGAAAGAGAUUUUAUCUAAAUCUCCAAACUUAGUUAAGUCUGUGUUUUAGUUUUUGUAAAGCAUAUCAUUCAGUUGGAGUAUUUAGAUGAAUGUAGUUAUGUUUCACAUUCUUAAACUAAUUUUAUUCUAUAUUUAAUAUAUUGAUAGCAUAGGUGUAAAACCAUCUGUACAUAGUAAAGGCAUAAUGCAAUUAGUGAUGUAGGAAAAGUGGGUGGGAGCAUAAAGCUACUGGUGGCCUGAAAAAUAAGUCUUGGCCUGUAUUUUAGAAGUCACAAUGUUUUAUUCAUACAUUCUUGUUUUGUACUGGGGGAGGGGAUAGCUAGAAUGUGUUAUGAAAUUUUUGGAAACCUUUCCUAGCAUUAGUUGGGAAGUUGGCCUCGAAAUGGUGUCGUGGUCAGCUUCCUAGAAUUCACUUGUUUGUAGAGUAUAUAUUUUGAUUGUCAGUAAAGAUAACAACUUUGUAUUUUUUCUGCACUUAAUUCGUGUAAUUAAUCCACACAACAGAGUUUUCUAUAACAUGGUGGAGUCUACAAAAGAGGUAAUUUCUCCUACCUAUUAAUCUGUGCUUGCAAUACUUUGGUAAUUUUAUUUAAGCCAUUGCUAGUAAGCAGCAGAAAGCUGCAAAUUUCAAUUUUCUUUUUGCUCAUUACAUUUGUAGUGUGAGUGUUCAUUGGUUUUCUUUACAGAAAGCUUGUAGAAUUUUCUAUUUGCUGAAUAUAUCUAUUUAAAAAAUGCAGUUAUUUUUAGCUUUUGUGAAAGCAGUUAUUGCUUACGAAUUGCACGACGAUUUUAUAGUGUGUCUCCAUUACUUAGCAAAUUGUUUUUUUCAGGGUUAGUGGUUCAGUUGAAAAAUGCUUGAAAAAUAAGUUUUAAGCACUUCAUCAAGCACAGCAAACACAGUAUAAAAUUUUGCUAUUUGAAAUUUAAUUAAGUGUAACGAUAUCAAUUGAAUUUUUUUUCUUCUAAGAGAUACCUCACUUAAAGGAAAGCACAGCUGUACUGUAUUUAAACAAAUUCUAGGAAAUAAUAAAAAGUUGGUCUGAAAUAUUUCGUUGCCAUCACGUUGCUUUCUGUGAUUGACAGAACAUUUUUUGUGUUUUCAUCCUCACUCUCUGAAAUAUUUAUUCCUGUUGACAUGCCAGUAUAAUUCUCUCAGAUGACAGAAAGUAGCUGCAAAACAGCUGAGUCCGUGUUAGCUCAAGGCAACAGGUUGAGUGACAAUUCUGAAACCAUAGGAAAAGCCUGUGAAAAACGAUCAGUGCAUUCAACAAUUUUCAAUACUUUGCCAAUGAUGUACAGUCUUAUUGUCAGCGUUGCUGUGGUUGCAUCACAUGACACACAAAACUGUCCUCUACCUCACGUGAGAUUUAACAGAUAUUUUAUAUGGUUUUAGUAGACAAGAUGCACCUAUCUGGUCACUUAGUUUACAAAUUUUGAAUUAUAUUUAUUGAAACAUGGCAUACUGUGCUCUUAGCUUAUACCUCAAUUGUAUUUUGUGCUGUUAUCCAUUUCCAUGCCUUGUAAAUACCUGUAUAGAUCGUGGACUCAAAAACAAAUAAAGAACUGUAA